UCUCUCUCUCUCUCUCUCUCUCUCUCUCUCUCUCUCUCUCUCUCUCUCUCUCUCUCUCUCACCGCUUUUAGAUCUAUCGAUCAGUUCCUUCGUCUCUAUAUAUCCAACCGCAAUCUCCUUCUCGCAUCAUCUUCUCCAGAAAUCAUGAGAGAAAUCUUGCACAUCCAAGGAGGACAAUGCGGCAACCAAAUCGGUACAAAGUUCUGGGAAGUUAUCUGUGAUGAACACGGCAUUGAUCACACCGGAAGUUACAGUGGAACCACUGCUGAUCUACAACUUGAACGUAUCAACGUUUACUUCAAUGAAGCUUCCGGUGGCCGGUAUGUUCCUCGGGCUGUGCUUAUGGAUCUCGAGCCUGGGACUAUGGAGAGUAUUAGAUCUGGUCCCAAUGGGCAGAUCUUUCGGCCGGAUAACUUUGUGUUCGGGCAAUCCGGUGCCGGAAAUAAUUGGGCUAAAGGACAUUAUACUGAAGGCGCUGAGUUGAUUGAUUCAGUUCUCGACGUUGUUCGUAAGGAGGCUGAGAAUUGCGAUUCGUUGCAAGGUUUUCAGAACAUUGAAACUCAGCAAUCCAAGUUUCGGUGAUCUCAACCACUUGAUCUCUGCAACAAUGAGCGGCGUAACUUGCUGUUUGAGGUUUCCCGGCCAACUGAACUCCGACCUCCGGAAGCUAGCAGUUAACCUAAUCCCAUUCCCUCGUCUCCAUUUCUUCAUGGUCGGUUUCGCACCUCUCACAUCUCGUGGGUCCCAGCAAUACACCUCACUCACCGUUCCAGAACUGACUCAACAAAUGUGGGACUCCAAAAACAUGAUGUGCGCCGCAGAUCCACGUCACGGACGCUACCUGACGGCGUCCGCCAUGUUCAGGGGGAAGAUGAGCACGAAGGAGGUGGAUGAACAGAUGAUGAACGUUCAAAACAAGAACUCAUCGUACUUUGUGGAAUGGAUUCCAAACAACGUGAAAUCCAGCGUCUGUGACAUUCCACCGACCGGACUGAAAAUGAGUUCGACGUUCAUCGGAAACUCGACUUCGAUUCAGGAGAUGUUCAGACGAGUGAGCGAGCAGUUCACCGCGAUGUUUAGGCGGAAGGCGUUCUUGCAUUGGUACACCGGUGAAGGAAUGGAUGAAAUGGAAUUCACUGAAGCGGAGAGUAACAUGAAUGAUUUGGUGGCGGAGUAUCAACAAUACCAAGAUGCUACGGUGGAGGACGAGGAGGAGGAGGAGGAGGAAGGGGAAUACGACGGCGUCGUGGAGGAGUAAACCGGUAAAGUCUCACUUUUUGUUGUCGUUUUGCUAUGUGAUGCGAUUUCGAUUGUACUCUUUACUGUUUUGUUGGUUGAUUGAUUUUUUUUCGUAUGAUCUUUAUCGGUGAUUUUUACUUUUUAUAUAAGUAUUUUAAGAUUUUUUAAAAUUAUUUUUUAUAG